GCUCUCAACGUCGCCAUUGGUAAAGUGUCAGACUUCGUUUGGUCCGUUAGGAAAUUCCUUAAUCUGAGUGAACUAGAAGUCGAUGUGCUUACGAGUGUAAAGAGUGAAUAGUGUUAUGUGCUAUGAGUGUAUACCCGAUAAGGAAUAGUGAGCAGAGUGCCCUAGGAUAGCGAUUUGCCCGGUCGAAGAAGGUGUGAGUGUCCAGCGUGAUGGGCGCAGGCGACGGCGACGCGGCGGCGACGGCCACCGUGGCGGCGGCGGCGGCGGCCUCGAGCACCGCCUCCCCCGCCCUCGCCGCCUCCUCCUCCACGCUCGCGCCGCCCUCCGUGCUGGCCAGCUCCACCCUGCCGCCCGUGAACCCGCAGGAGCCGCUGCUCUUCCUGCAGACGACCGCCGCCCAGGCCAUCGCCGGAGCCUUCGUGUGGGCGGCGCUGCUCAUCACGUGCCACCAGAUCUACCAACACCUGCGCUACUACAGCAACCCAGCGGAACAGCGAUGGAUUGUGCGGAUAUUGCUGUUCGUGCCUAUCUACGCUUUCGACUCCUGGAUUUCCCUCCUCUUCUUCAACAAGGACAACUACUACAUCUACUUUGACACAAUCAGGGACUGCUAUGAAGCAUUUGUGAUCUACAACUUCUUGAGUCUGUGCUACGAGUACCUUGGAGGAGAAGGCAACAUUAUGAGCGAGAUCAGAGGGAAACCUAUUAGAUCGUCAUGCAUGUAUGGCACAUGCUGCUUAGCAGGGAAGACGUACACCAUUGGGUUCCUUCGUUUCUGCAAGCAGGCAACCCUCCAGUUCUGCUUUGUAAAGCCGGUCAUGGCUUUCAUAACGAUAAUUCUGCAGUAUUUUGGGAAGUACCAGGAUGGUGACUGGAGUCCCGAAGGCGGAUACCUGUACAUCACCAUCAUCUACAAUAUCUCAGUGUCGCUUGCCCUGUACAGCCACUUGCUCUUCUAUUUUGCCACGAGAGACCUCCUGCAGCCGUUUGAGCCCGUGCUCAAAUUCUUCACUAUCAAGUCCGUCAUUUUUGUUUCAUUCUGGCAGGGUGUAUUAUUAGCUAUCCUCGAAAAGGCAGAAGUUAUCAAAGGAAACCCCAACCUAAACACGGGCACAGUCUCUGCUGGAUACCAGAACUUCAUUAUCUGUGUAGAGAUGUUUUUCGCCUCUGUUGCCCUGCGUUACGCCUUUCCUUACCAAAUCUACGGAGAUUUUACCGUUACUGGCACAGGUCGCACAGUCACCAUGCAGAGCAUUUCAUCAUCUCUCAAGGAGACCAUGAACCCCAAGGACAUUAUGACGGAUGCUAUCCACAAUUUCCACCCGCAGUACCAGCAGUAUACCCAGUACAGCGCAGGCGACACCGGCCGUCCAACACAGGUGCUCACGCACAGCUAUGACAUGGAGGAGCUCCGUCCAGACCUUUUGCCUGUCUCCUCUUCCACCACCACCACCACUUUAGCCUCUGACACUCUCCCCACCAUCACCACCACCACCAAUGCCCCCAGCCAAGUUGGUGGAGGUGGUGGAGGCACGGUAGUCAACUCAGGCCAUGGUGUCGUCUCCACCGCAGUCCGAGCACAACAGACCCAGGACCUUGUGAGACUGCCCCCUCCGCCCUCCAAAGGAGGCACCACCAGAGGGUCAGGACACACAGCAGUCAGUACCUAUGAUGCCGACGAAGUCCCACAGUCGAAUGGAAGCAACGGAAUGGGGGGAAUGGGAGGAGGUGGCAUGGGCAGUGGAAAUGGAGGAGGCCUUGGUGGAAGAGCCCAGAACGGCGGUCGAAAUGGCAACGGGAGGGCAGCGUAUAACGAGAAGACGAUGCUCUUAAGCUCGGACGAUGAGUUCCAGUGAGGGCAGGGAUACUACAAAGGAU